AUGAAUGACUGGUGCAUCAUUUUCUUCUUUGUGGAUGACAUCUCGAUUCUUUAUCGGCAAAAGAACGAGGACAAUGUCAACCAUCUGAUCACACGACUCAAACGACACUACGAACUCACCGAUCAAGGUGAAGUGUCUUGGUUUCUUGGGAUCCGAGUCAUUCGGGACCGAGAUGCCCGCAAGGUUUGGCUUUGCCAAGAUUCCUACAUCGACAAGAUUGCAACCCAAUACGGAAUCACCAAGAAAAGCUCCUUUCGAGGCAACCCGCUGCCCGGAAAUUCCCUUCAACGUCACGACGAACAGGCCUCUCCUGAAAGCGUGAACUUGUUUCAACAGAAAACCGGAUCGAUCAACUUCGUUGCGAUCUCAACCCGACCCGAUGUUUCCUUUGGUGUUAGCAAACUUGCUGAACACAUGAUGAACCCGUCUUCCAAGCACCAUGAAGUCAUGGAUCAGAUGCUUGAGUAUCUAUUUGCUACGAGAUUCUUCGCGCUUGAGUUCUCGGGAGACUCCAACGAGCUCCACCUCCUCACCAAGCCAAAAGAAAUCCGUAUUGCUACCGAUGCUGCUUUUGCAGACAAUCCCGACUCGAGGAAAUCCUCCCAAGGAUGCCUCAUCACUCUCUUCAACGGUCCCAUUUGGUGGAAUGCCACAAAGCAAGCCACAGUCACAACUUCCUCGACUGAGGCAGAGCUCCUCGCCUUCACUCACACUGCCAAGGAAACUCUCAGCCUCCUUCGACUCUUCAAGCAAAUCGAUCUUCAGCUUGACAACGACCCUAUCAUUGAGUGUGACAACACGCAAACGAUCAGGCUUAUCACAGCUGACGUUCCCCGUGUCAGAACCGCGCUUAAGCACGUUGAUAUUCACAACGCCUGGGCAAGGCAAACGUUCCAAGAAGGCCACUUUGAGGUUGAGUACGUCCCAACAAACCAAAUGAUCGCGGAUGGUCUCACCAAAGCACUGCCUGGCCAAGCCUUCAAGGCCUUUGUUCAGCAACUUGGUCUUAUUGACAUUUCCCCACGAAUUCACCACGUUCCCUCCGACGACGAGGAGUGA